UACGCGAGCGUCGUUUCGCGCUGUUUCCCGUUAAGAAAUAAUAAAAAAAAAGUCAACAACACAAAAUAUGGACAUUUGAUAUAUGGCCACGGAAUUAUAGCUAACCAUAUUGAUCCAUUUGUUUUUUGGGAAACAUUCAACGAUUUUCGGAUGUUUUAAUUAUUGUGCGACAGGUUUCCACGUUUUUUUUCGAUUCGAUUCAGAACGGUGUUGUGUCGUUGUUGCUGUUGUUGUUUUAGUGAAGCGGUCGCCUCGCACACACCUACAAAAGCACUCGACGCACAUACACCAACGCGAUACAUACAUACACACGGUUGUGAUUUGGCGCGCACUUGUGUGCGUGUGGUAGAUACAAAACAACAAAAUAAAAACGAAAAAUCGGAGUGCAAAGAAACAGAAAACAGCAAACGAGAAAAUCGGAAAAACAGUGCCCAGUGACCAGUUACAGUUUCCAUCUAUUGGAAAUGAAAAACAAGAAAAUUUCGUUUUGAUUUCAAAGAUUUUUUCGUGCGCGCAUUAAAGUGUAUGUUGUGCAGUAACAAACACAAAUACCAACGCACAAACACACACACACAAUCACACACGGUUGCGGAGCAGCAGCAAAAGCAAAGAAGAGAAGAAGAAGAAGCGAGAAGCAGAAGAAGAAAGAUGAUGUAAACUUUGUUGUAACCCAAAACAAAAACAAAAGGAAAGAAACAAAUCAAAAAAAUUGAAGAAGAGCAAAGAAGAAAACGAAAAAAAGUUCAACUCGGAAAUAUUGCAAUAUUCAAGAGAUUUUUCUCCCCUCCGUAAGAAACGGAAAAAAUCUCUCCUCUCACAAUGCCGGAAACGGAGCAGGAAAGCUGUAACAAGGAGUGGCUGCAAUCGCAGUUGCGUUCCCUGGACGCCAAGGAUCUGAUCCUGUUGGACUGCCGCGGCUCUCACGAGUACAGUGAAUCGCAUAUUCGAGGAGCCGUCAAUUUGUGCAUUCCCAGCAUCGUCCUGCGGCGCUUAGCGAACGGAAAGAUCGAUCUGGCCUCGACGAUCAAGUCGCCGGAGCUGAAGGAGCGCAUCCAGACGGGCUACAAGCUUUGCCUCUUCAUCCUUUAUAAUGGCGAAGGUGUGCCGGGCCAGAAUCCGGAAGUCGCUGGAGCCGGAGCCUUCGCCAUGGCCAUGGAUUCCAUCAUCAGCAUUUUGCAUCGUCGCCUCAAGCAGGAUGGCUGCCGAGUGGUUGCCCUACAAGAUGGCUUCUCCAGUUUUCGCCAAGCGUUCCCGGAAUGGUGCGAGGAUGAUAGCCAAGCGCACAACAAAGAAAUGGAAUCUAGUCGCAAUGUACAGACCGAUCAGUUGAUGGGUCUUAGAUCCCUACGCAUUUCCACACCGCAUUCCGAUUCCGCGUGCAGCAGUUCGGCCGAAUCAUCGGACUGCGAGAGCACUGGACAUCAUCAUCAUCAUCACCAUCAUCAUCAUAAUUUCAAUGAGGCGCCGGUGGAAAUAAUUCCAGGACUUUUGUUCCUGGGAAAUGCCUCGCACAGCUGCGACUCGAAUGCAUUGCAAAGGUACAACAUUAAGUAUGUGCUGAAUGUGACACCGGAUUUGCCAAAUGAAUUCGAGAAAUUGGGCAUUAUCAAGUAUCUGCAAAUUCCAAUUACCGAUCAUUAUUCACAGGAUUUGGCCAUGCAUUUCCCAGAUGCCAUACAGUUUAUAGAGGAAGCGCGGUCCGCGAACUCGGCGGUGCUGGUCCACUGCCUGGCCGGGGUGUCGCGCUCGGUUACCGUGACGCUUGCCUACUUGAUGCACACCCGGGGACUGAGUCUCAAUGACGCCUUCAUGAUGGUUCGCGACCGGAAACCGGAUGUAUCGCCCAACUUCCACUUUAUGCAACAGCUGCAGUCCUUCGAAAGUCAACUGCGAUUGAGUCCGGGCGAUGGACAGGCAAUGGACGAGUCCGGAGUACUGAUGAGCACCACUGUCGUUGGCCAAGGUCUAGGCCUGGGCAUGGGUCUGGGUUCGUCGGCAUCACCUGCAGGCUCCGUUUCGAAUGUCCUCACCACGAAUCCCAGUGUGGUGGCCUCCCGUUGCGGUCGUGGCUCCAAGUUCUCUUGCAAUUGCAUUGCGCCGGAUUGCAAAUGCAUGCAAACCGGUGGCUUUAUGGCCGCCCAUUUGGCCAAGGCCACCGGUGUUUCGCCCGAUUCGGGAAUCGAAUUCGAUCGUUGGACCCCAUCCUCGGACACGGGUCUCAAAUGAGAUCAGAUGGGCGGAAAGAGUUUUGUGCUGCCACCAAGUCAGGAGAUGUUGGUAGCAGCCGCUGUGGCCACAUCACCGCCGCCCAUCUCGCUGGCCGUUAAUCCGGAUAAUAUGUCGCCGGCCAGCACCACCAGUUCAUCCACAUCGACAACGACCACAGCGGAGGCGGUUUCCGUGGUUGAGGUGGUGCAACAGCAGCAGCAGCAUCGGGAUCAGGAGAUGGCCGAGGAGGAGGAUGACUACGAUGGUGACGAGGCGGCGGUCUAAAUAGCAAAGCUUUUUCCUUAAAGAAAACCCCAAAAAAAUAAUAAAAACCCAUACAUAUGAGCCGCUUCAAUACUUGGAACCUGGCCGGAACUUACAAUUCCCAACUAAAGAUUCAACGAGUUUGAAGGAAAUAUAUAUAUAUAUAUAAUAUUAAUUAAUGCAUAAUAAAUAAAUUAAUGUUUAUGUACGAUUUUAAGGUCUAAUAAUGCAAAAACAAAAUCCAAUGUUAUCCACAAACUACAAACUGCAACUACAAAAAACAGAAA